AUGACCGAGGAGCUUAGGAAGGUGCUUGCAAGCAAAAACACAACUCUUGAGGAAAAGGAAAGCGCAGUCCUUGAGGCCCUCAAUGCGUAUGUGUCCCGGAGAGACUACGACAGUGUUGCAAAUGCAAUUAUUGGGCUGAAGGGCAUGUGGCAGGACCUGACAACUGCAAGAGUCACAAAGAUCAUAAAGGCAUUCUUCGAGACAAUUCCAUACUGCGAGGAAAGCUUUGAAGCAAUCCUAAACCUUCUUGAAGCACUUAUUGCAUGGGCCGACGACGAAGGCAAAAAGAUGUUGAAGCUGGAUUUGCAAUGCAAGAGAAUAUAUGCAUUGCUAAAGACAGGAAAAUACACAGAUACGCUUGAUCAGGUCGGGGAAGUGAUGCAUGAGCUGAAGAAGUACGAUGACAAGGUUAAUCUGAUCACGCUGCAUGUGUAUGAGAGCAAAGCACUGUAUGAGCUGAAGAACAUAUCGAAGUCAAGAGCAUGCCUGACAUCUGCAAGAGUGUUAGCAGUCUCGGCAUAUUGCCCGUCACAUCUACAGGCACAGAUAGACCUGCUGAGUGGAAUGUAUAUAUGUGAUGAAAGAAACUACGGGGUGGCAUCGUCGUACUUUGUUGAGGCACUGGAGGGAUUUGCACUCGGAAAGUUGGAUACAGAGGCAUGCAUUGCAUUGAGAUACCUCAUACUAUCGAAGAUUAUGGCAAACAAGUGUGACGAAGUUGCAGUAGUGCUGAGGAAUAAGAGCACAAUGAAGUAUUUGGAUGACCGGGUAGUCAAGACAUUGCUGAAUAUAAGCGGUGCAUGUAGAGAUCGCGAUCUGAAGAUGUACAGCGAUGUUCUUGUUGCAAACUCAGAUGUGAUAGGCUUGGAUGCAUUUAUAUAUGCACACAUGCAGUAUCUGUAUGAUGCUCUGCUUGAGAAGAACAUCGUGAAGAUCGUGGAACCGUACUCUGUGGUCCGAAUCGAGUUUAUAGCCAGGAUGCUGUGCUUUGAUGUGGACGUGAUUGAGAAGAAGCUAAGGAAGAUGAUCCUGGAUAAGGUGGUGUGCGGCACACUUGAUCAUAUCAACCAGAGUCUAAUCAUGCAUGAAGCACAGCUGCAUGGCUUUGCAGUAGACUGUGCAAAGCAAAUUGAAGCAUUGAAUCGAAUAGCGUCUGCAAAGUAUUAA